GAGAGACAGUAAACACAGUUGGCAAUUUAGAUGAAAGUAUACGCGUCAUGUUUAAAACAGGCUCCGGGGACACAAUGCAUCGUUCCAUUAAUUUGCCCGCCAAAUUGAGCGCGGGGAAUUGCAGCUCUGUACCAACUUUCCCAAAAAUAGUAUAGCCAGUGCAGUGCGAAUUACUUCAGCGGGACCGAGAUAAUUAUUACCCCACCGCAGCGCGCGAAUAAAAAAAUUAAACACAUGUGGAGAAUUUAUCCUUCCAUCCCUCUCGCAUCGUCCAGAAUAUUAAUUCACUCGCGAGCAUUAUAGAUAUACGUUCACGCGUUUAUUUAACGACACUGUGUCACUGUAAUAUGUUGAUUACGCCGCUUUAAUCAGUCGCGUUAGAACGAUCUUGGUGUUCGAGCGCUCCGUAAAUAUAUCCAGAUAGAACGACACUAGUCGAUGAGUGUCGAGAUAAUCCCGAAAUACAAUCGCUACCGCGGAACAAUCAGAGAGGGCGAUCCUCCGGGAUCAAAGAGCAAAAGCUCGAUUGGAUAUCCCGUCCAAUGCGUAAAUUGGAUGUGUCGUGCGAUACAUAAAUUGAACGCGCUGUGAUGAAGAGCUCAGUGCCACCUUCCUAAACCAGGUGGUCCCCGAGAUAAAUGGCAACAGAGUAUUAGUUACGCUCGACGCUUAAUUCGGUUCGCGAGUGAAAACGGCUUAAAACGUACUAACUGGAGUAAUAAGAAGGGAUCUCGUCUGCGAAAGUUAGCAAAGGGACCACCGGAAUCAGUUUCUGGUGAAACCGUGUGAGAGAGAAAUGUGGCCUGAAGAGGAAUGCCGCACGACUUUACGAUGAGAAGAAAUCGGAAGAGCGUCUCGAGUCGUCACAGAAUCGACGACUGAUUAUGACGCGCGUCCGCACGCGGCGGCAUUUUUCUCGUCUCCUCCUGUUAUUCUCUUCCUCCGAGGCCCUUCACGCACGCUGUUGCCUGACCCUCCUCCUUCUCGGAUUCAUCUCUCUCAACACAGUCCUAUCGUGCGACGAGAAGACGAGGCCCCAGAGCCGUGACCCGAGCGCGCUUCCCUACGUCGAGGUAAGAAAUUCGGAGGGAAGAGACCUCGGCGCUCCCAGAGUGAUUCCGGAAUGGAUGCAGCGAGAGAAGGAAGCGUCGAGCAUGGUCGGUCAAAGUGCUAACCGCGCGACCAGUGAUCAUCGCCCCGGUAAUUUGCUGGAAGAUCAACGAAAUCAAGAUAAAUUCGUUCCAGCGGUGACGAAACGAACUUACUUUGACGAUGGCGCUUCCGCGAGCACUACUGAUCAUCAACGCGGCGAUCAAGUUCUUUCUGGACUUGCGAGCAAUUAUCUGGAACGAGACUCCGACGAUCGAUUUCGUGAUGUUGUAAAAAAUCGAGAGAUCAGUGACGGAAUCGGCUUGAAAAUUAUGAAGCAAGGUGAAAAAAGUGUGAAAAAUCGAUUGAACAAGCUGGUCAGGGAGCGACGUAAUAUACCGGUGGCCCAAACUGCUCCUUAUCACUCGGCGGAUCCGGCUAUGAGCAAAGUCCAAUUUCGAGACGAUCAAGUUAGUGAUAAUGAAGCAAGUUCGACGAUUUUAGACGAACCUCGUCAAAGUGUAAGCAAUUUAGCAGAGAGCUCCGCUCACGAUCGCAAUGCAGAGGAUGCAUUGAUUGGAGUUCCGAUCGAUCAGUUGGAUUCGCGCGAAUCUUCAAGUGUCAUUCAUCUCACGGAGCCGACGAGAAGUCGACAGGAUCGUAAUGAAGUCAGUUUCGACGGAGCAAAGCGUGCGGGUCUAAGUGUCGAUAAUGUAUUCGGCGAAGCGUCUGUUAAUCGUGCGAAUAAACGCACGAGCGAUUAUUCGGUCCAGCGAAGUUUGCGCGAGAGCGAGGCCUCAAGCCGACCGAGUGAGCACGAUAUUGACGUUGUGGCGAAACACCGCGACGAUUCGACGGGAGAUCCGAGCAAGACUGUCGGCUUAGAGGCAAUGACGCAAACUCAUUUAAGCAACCGCAAUAUCUAUGCGCUUAAUAAUCCGAGCGACGGCGCACGCGAAUCCGAGAGUUUGACCGAUUAUCUCAAUGAAAGCAAUAACUUUGGAACCGAUAAUGAGUCCGCGAACUUGGACAGGAACGAUUCAGAUAUCGAUACAAUCGCGGCUGUCGACGACUUCGACGUCAGCACUACUGUUUUCGUGGAGAACCAAGCUGAGAUCGAUAGAAUUCCUGAGAGUCAGACGGAGACCAGCUCGGAGUACAUCGACAAUUUCUUGGAUACAAGUGGAACUGAAAUACAAACUGCAACCUGUCGUGACAACGUGUGCUCCGAGUCGAGUGACAGUACCGAUACAAUAAUUAGAACAAAAAAGUUUGGCGGAGAGGAAGAAUUAAACGAGAAUCGGAAGGACAAAUCUGAAGAUGACUUUGCGCAAAUAAGCAACGGAUCGACGACGACGCCUGGCAACGACAGCGAUACCGAUGUCAAUAAGGAAGCACCUUUUACAGGCUUCGAAGGUUCUCAGAAAUUCCCCGUAAAAAUCAAUCACAAGGCAUCGCCGGUGGUGCCGCAAGUCGAGAAGUUCGACAGGCGACACUUCGGUCCGCACAAGGAGGACGUGCUUGAAGAAACGUCUGCAGAAUACUCGAGUACCGUGCUUCCCGACCUACCGAAGAGUCCCAGCAGGGACGUGCUUCAUCGUCAUCGCAAGCCGAACGACGAUUCCGACGAUGUUGAAAUGGGCAAGGGAGACGAUCGAGAUGCAGGGACGAUCGAAAGAGACGAAAAGCGAAACGAUACCUUAGACGAAUCCUGGCUACCUGGUAUGUCAUCGGGGAGACGUUCGCCGAGUUUUGCGACCGCUAAACCGGACUAUGUCGCGGCGACUUCGAAUACCGUGGACAGUGACACCGAAAACGCGACGCGUAACGAUUCCGACGUGGGGAUCGAUGUAACAGUGCCGAGUGCAAAAUCGAUAGAGAAGACGAAUAUAACCAUCUUGGGUCUCUUUGAGAUGACACACGGAACAGUGCCAAGACAAGAAGGUUCCAGCGAGCUUGAAGCGGCCAAAUUGGCGGUCGACCGUGUCAACGAACUGAAUAUCUUAAAGCGCUUUCGACUGCGUCUUAUUUACAAUGAUACCAAGUGCGAUUCCGGAGUGGCCGUAGACAGAUUCUUUCACGCUUUAUACGCGCCGAAGAAAAAGUAUUUAAUGCCAUUUCUGCUCGGCACCGCUUGUUCUGAAGUGACCGAAACACUGGCCAAAAUUGUACCUUAUUGGAACGUGAUUCAAGUAUCGUUUGGUUCGACGGCACCGGCGCUCUCGGAUUCCAACGAGUUUCCCCUGUUCCUGCGAACCGUCGCGCCGGAUUCGAGUCACAAUCCGGCGAGGAUAGCAUUGAUCAAACACUUUGGAUGGGACACCGUCACGGCGCUUUCGCAAACAGGCGACAUGUACUCCUUGGCAGUGAACGAUUUGGUCACGGAACUGGAGCAGGCGAAUAUCACGUGUACCGCCACCAUCACGUUCGCCGAAAACGAUUACAAGGAGCAAUUGCGAACUUUGAAGGACUUGGAUACUAGAAUUAUUAUUGGAAGCUUCUCACCGCAAUUGGCGCGACGCGUUUUCUGUGAGGCCUGGAACCUCGGGAUGCACGGUAGCGAUUACGCAUGGAUUCUACCAGACGAUAUCGACUUGCCGAGGAUGACGAGCGAUUGGUGGCGAACCAGUGUCGGAGAAUGCUCGCCCUCUCAGCUGUCGCAGACCUUGGAUGGUUUAAUCAUCGUCAAGAGCCACGCUACGAUCGUGGGAGACGAGAUCAGCGCCUCGGGACUGACUAGCGCGAAAUUCACUUCGGAGCUAGCUAAUAGAGGCGUCACAGACUCGAAAUUCGCCAGGCAAACAUACGACGCCGUGUGGGCCAUGGCACUUGCUCUCGCUAGAACCGAGGCCCUCUUGAAUCUGCAAAACGAGAGCAUGGGGCAAUACACGCACUCGAGAAAAGACUUCACCUACGAUCUACUGCAGCAGCUCAAGCUAUUACAUUUCAUCGGAGUUUCGGGACCGGUUUCUUUCAACGACGCGGAUCGCGUUGGCAUCACGGCAUUUGACCAGUUGCACGGACAUGAUACCAAGAGAAUAGCUAUCUACACUCCCGAAGAUGGGAAACUGAUAAUGAACUGUCCGGAAUGUGCGGCUACAAGAUGGCCUGGAGGGCAAGUACCACCAGCUCGCAGGGUCUUUCGAUUACGAAUGGUGACUGUGGCACCUGCUGCAUUCCUCGCUAUCACCUGCAUCGCCAGUGUCGGCGUUACCUUGGCUCUUGCUUUUCUGGCCUUUAAUCUCCACUUUCGCAAGCACAAAAGCAUAAAACUUUCAAGCCCGAGGCUGAAUAAUAUGGCAGCCGUUGGUUGCGGCCUGGUCUACGGUGCUGUUAUACUUUUGGGACUGGACGAUGCCACGCUGCCAGACAGCGAUGGUUAUUAUCCCGCAGUGUGCAAGGCGAGAGUGUAUCUAUUAUCAGCCGGCUUUUCCAUGGCUUUCGGUUCAAUGUUCACAAAGACUUACCGAGUGCACAGGAUCUUCACCAGAAGCCGCAGCGGGGUCGUGAAGAAUAAGUUGCUCCAGGACACUCAGCUGAUAUUCUUAAUCUGCAUGCUUCUGGUAAUCGACGUCGUCGUGGUGACGCUGUGGGUGAUCCUAGAUCCGAUGCAACGCCACUUGCAGAAUUUGACUCUGGAAUAUAGUCCGCAGGAUCGAGGGGUCGUCUAUCAGCCUCAGGUAGAGGUAUGCCGUUCGCAGCACACGAACGGUUGGUUAAGUGCUCUCUACGUUUACAAAGGUUUACUGCUCGUAGUCGGAGUCUACAUGGCCUGGGAAACGAGGCACGUAAAGAUUCCAGCCCUAAACGACUCGCAAUACAUCGGUAUGAGCGUGUACUUCGUAGUAAUCACGUCAGGUAUCGUCGUGGUGCUAGCCAAUCUGAUGCCCGACCGCGCGACCCUGGCCUUCGUCACGAUCACUGCCUUGAUUCUGGCUUCGACCACGGCGACUCUGGCGCUGCUCUUUCUGCCCCAAUUGGCGAACAUUUUGGGGGGCGAAAGGGCCGACCCGGUCGUGCAGAGUCUCGGUCUCAAGAUCGAAUGCAAUACACGUAGAUUUGUCAUGGACGACAAGAGAGAGUUACAGUAUCGUGUAGAAGUGCAAAACCGAGUUUAUCGUCGUGAGAUGGCACAGCUGGAACUAGAAUUGGCCAGAUUGGAGAAGCAACUGGCGCAAGAGACAGUGGAACCUUCGCGCGCUUCAUCGAGUACUUCAAUUCCGCAACGAAAUCCAAGUAUCGGGGGUGGUUUGCCUCUGUUAUUGCUUAGUGUUCUACCACCGGUCAUUCCUCGAGCCAGCUGGCCCUCCGCAGAAUCGUCUGGCAUGCGUCGCGGUACCGUAGCAUUUAGCAGUCAACCGGAUCUGGAACCAGACGAUCCCAGACAAAGCCUGGCCGACCUUUAUAAGCUGCAUCGUCGCCGAGAGACCGAAGGGCCGAGCCGCCUGGGCGUUUUUCAACGAUUCUUCAGUCUCUUCGGCAGCAGGCCGAGUAGCAGAAAAACCUCCACCGCGUCGUUCACAGGAGUUGCAUCGGCUCUUCGAGUUCAUAUGGGCUACAUUGCUGGUUUAGUGCCUGGCACGAAGGCAGCCUCUACUUGCCAGGUAGAUGCCCAAGGCACUCACUCGCCUCAUGCACGAUGCGGUUCAGGACCAAUAAUUAGUAUUACUAGCGAGGAAGACCGUAGAUUGAGCCUGGGGCUACGUCGCAAGGAAAGUAGCGAACCUAGAGUAAAUUUCAGCUUACCGCCACAGGCAAGCACGAGUCGAUCAUCCUCUCGAGAGAAGAUACGUGGGUCCCCCCGAUUUCCUCAUCGAAUAGUCCCGGCGAAUAGCUUGAGUGCCAUCGCACAAGGUACAUCGAUCUCGAGACCGCAUCGUUGGCACUCGAUGGAAGACGCGACGAAACCAAAGACUACACAAAUAACAUCCCGCGGCUCGUACAGCCCCAAUUCCGACGUGUGGGCUACGAGUGAGGUCGGAGUUCCUUUCAGCGAGCUGGCUAAUACUGUGAGAGGCAGGAAACCGCCUGAUUCCUUGGCCCUGACCAUCACUGUGGAUUCAAAGAUGAGCCCAAUCGAUACCAGACUGGGCAGCGAUUUGAGGAAAUUGUUCAAAGAAAAUGACAGCCAAGAGGCAAACAGCCCUGCCGAAUACGAGCAGAAGAUGACUCGGUCGAGCUCGUCAUCCUCUUCAUCCCUGAAGAUAAUAGGUGCUACUCCGAGCGACUCCGCGUCCUUAAAGAAUGAUUCCACUCUAGAGACUCGGCACGAUACGAACUUUUGUCAGGAACCAAAGUCUCGUCCAUUGAGCCCAGUGAUUUCGGUGGUGGAUAUGGAUAACCCUGGGGAGGAAUCGAACGCCGAUGUCGAUAGUCAGGUUGGAACUUCCUCCGAAGAGAAAAGACCGACUUCUGUAGCGUAAUACUGUGCAUGUGAUCGUGACAAUUUGUCCAAGUGAUAAAAUUGUUAUUUAAAAGGAACGAUAUAUCAGGGAGAGUUUCCAAACUAUGUUGAUUUUUUCGUGUUCCACUCGCAACAUCAUCUAAUAUUUUAACGUUUUGUCGAAAGUGGGACAAGAAUUUGAACAAAAUUCGUAUCAAUCGUAGCCGUUUAGACAAUCUGUAAAUCAAAUUAAAAACAUUUAUUUAGAUGUUUCGUGUGAUAGACAGCAAAAGAUAAUUAUGCAGCGUGAUAUCAAGUAAUAAAUUAGGGCUGCACUAUGGACUUGCAACUGCGACAUGUCUAACAUAAGAAUUCACAUAUAACACAUGAAAAUUAUAACAUUAAAAUGUAGCAUCUGUUAGAUAGCUUCUCAAAUUAAUACUUCAAAAAUCGGCUAGACCUCUCGGUAGUCAAUUCAUAAUUCAAAGUUAAAUAGUGAUAAUGUUGUUGGAAAUUAACGUGUUACAAUUGAUCAUUCAUUAAACAUUACAAUUGAGCAGUGAGUCGAAAACUGUGCAGUGGAACGCUAUAAAAUCGACACUGUCAAUAUAAAUCAUCAAUGGAGAAAGACAAUACUGACCGGCUCAAUUUGAUUGACAAGAGUUAACUUAAUUUCGUGCCCGAAUCAAUAAAUAGCAUAAUGUGCGGAGACAAAGUGGCGUACGUGUGAAUAUAUACGUUCUUUUGUUCGUAAUGCCUAAAUGCGAGGAUCACGGACCAAUCGUGAUAUAAUUUUAAUCAUGUGUGUUCGCUAGUAAUUGUGCCAAAAAAAAAGCAAAUAGGACCCGUAAGAGUAUACAACGUUUGUCUUAACGGAUUAUAAAAGGGACCAACACUUAUAUCCUUCUGUCUAAGCAGUUUCUCUCCGGCGGAAUAAUUUCAAUAAUAUUGGCCCUAAUAUUUAAGUUAACUUGAAAAAAUAUUAUAUAUUAUUUUCGGAAAAUAAUACAUAUGGAAAAGUUUUACUUUAUUUUAUAUCAAUGAGAAUAACGGAAGUAAAAACAGGAAACAUCGAUGUUUUUACAAAAUAAUAAAUUCGCAAUUAAUUAUACUGUUUAUUCAAAAAUAAAAUACAUUUCCGUAAAUAAGAACUUAAAAUGUUUCUCACAAAAGACAAACUAGAUACAAUACCCUUACGGGGCUACAAUCAAAGUGUUCAGUGCCCCAAAAAAACCUUUUCUCUAGUACCUGCGCUCAUGUGCAAUGAAAAUAUAUCUCUGCUCGAAAUAAAGUAAUUUGAAAUAAAAAUACCACGUUUUGUUUUUAAAAUGUAAACACGUUGAAAUAUAUGCCAAUAUUUUCAUGCCACUGAGCAUUGACGUAUAUAUAUAUAAAUAUGUAGAUAAAACAAAUGGUAAGGACAUAUCCCUGCGAAAGGGUUUCCUUCUGAAAUCGUUAUCCGACUCGUUUCGUAAUUCGGAUAUCUCGAUGUGUCAAUCAUUAAAACUUUAAUGACUAAGCAAUAAUCAGCAUUGUCUGUGCAAAUAAGAAUAAUAUAAUAAAGAACUAUAUAUUCUAUCCAUCUUA